ACAGGGAGAGGAGGAGGGUUUAACAUGAUAAUUGUGUUAUCGACAGAAUGGAGGUCUCCUCCAGAACCAAGGAACAUUUGCUUUAAUCACGCUGUCUUGGCUGUAUUUAUUCGAAAGUAGCUGAAUGAAAUCACGACUCAAUAAACCUUACUCCAAGGCUAGCUAUAUUUGCAGCUGUGCUCGUGUGCAAGCCGAGCUGUCACAGGAAUCUUUGAACUCAGAUGGGUCAGGCACUGUGGAGGCUGCCACCCAGACAACAGCAGCAGCUUCAGGAAGAGCUUGUCGACCGACUGGCUGACACAGGAGGAGCGAGACAAGAGCAAGGAAGGGUUGGAGGGACACUUCGAAGAGUCCCUCAACAUUGUUAUGGUCCCGACAUCUAUCAUCUGCUGAAAACACGCAGAGGAGGUAAAGAACAAAAUGGUUUUAUAGAUUUGGAGAUGCUUCCACCUGAGUUAGGCAUCACCAUAUUGUCGUAUCUGAACGCUACUGAUCUGUGUCUGGCCGGCUGUGUGUGGCAGGACCUAGGAAAUGAUGAAUAUCUAUGGCAGGGGCUCUGUAAGUCCACAUGGGGUCACUGCUCCAUCUACAACAGAAGGCUGCCUGCUGGUUUCUCAUAUAGAAGACUAUAUCUACAACUAGAUGAAGGCAGCCUUACAUUCAACGCAAACCCACAGGAGGGUAUCUCUUAUUUCAUGUCUAAAGGCAUACUAGUGGAUCACCCCACAGAGCAGGCUAAGUUCAUCUUCUACACUAGACGGCUCAACUGGAAGAUGCUGAGAAUUUACCUGGAUGAGAGGCGUGAUGUUUUGGAUGAGCUGGUGACACUUCACAACUUCAGCAAUCAGUUCCUUCCCAAUGCUCUGAGGGAUUUCUUCAGACACAUUCAUGCACCAGAGGAGAGAGGAGAGUAUCUGGAAACACUCAUCACUAAAUUUAGCCACAGGUUUUGUACCUGUAACCCUGGUCUUGUCCGAGAGCUGGGUCUCAGUCCUGAUGCUGUGUAUGUGCUGUGCUACAGUCUCAUCCUGCUGUCCAUUGAUCUGACCAGUCCUCAUGUCAAAAACAAAAUGUCAAAGAGGGAAUUCAUCAGGAACACUCGCAGAGCGGCCCAUAAUGUCUCAGAUGACUUUGUGGGCCAUCUUUAUGACAACAUAUACUUGAUUGGCCAUGUGGCUGCGUAGCUCAUCUCACCAGCUGUCUAUUAGAAAUCCUCACAAUGCACUGAAGAAUAGGAAUCAUUGAUUUGGUUCCUAUGUACUGUAUCCCUGGAAUGUUUGGAAUAUUUAUAUAGAAUUUUCAAACAAACAAAUACAAUAUACCACUGUACUGUGGGAGAGAUGCUGCCACCAAAAUGAUCUGAAUGUUCUAAGAUGUUUGUAAUAUAGGAAGAUGGUUUUAAAAUCAUGAAGAUAAAUAACCUCUGACACUGCACUGAUGAAGUACUACUACAAGUGGUGGAAGGAUGACCAGGAGAGCCCCCCUCAGACUGUUAUAUGCAAGUACAGUAAUUUAUUUCCAAUACUGACUGCUUCAGGAUCACUAGUUAGACAAAUAUACAUAUUUAACCCAAAAAUAUAAGCCACUACAUCAACUGAAAAAAAUUUCAAGCAGCCUGUUGUCCUUGAUAAACAAUCUGGAAUGUCAAAGCAUCAGUACACGAUGGCUUUCAUUACCUGUUGAUUAUAUACAGUAUUUACUUGUUGAUUAUAAGUGCAAUUUGCCAUGAACUUUUAUCUCAUUCAAUAUAAUUCACAAUUGUGUGAAAUUAAAGAACAUGAAGACUUUAAUUUACAAUAAUGCUGACAUUUUCCACAGUGCACUAGUCCAGGCUGAGUCAGCUGGGAUAGUCUCCAGCUCAACCGCAACGCUAAUGAUUACAAGCGUUAUAGAAAAUGGGUGGAUGGAUUUUCCGCAGUAGUUAUCAGUGCAUAUGGUACAAGUAGAAGCUUUGUGCUGCCUUAUGAUAAACUAUAACAUAGUACUUCUUUUUUAAUUAAACAUGUUUGAAAAAAAACAUUGCUGCUCAAGUCCAGUCACGGUGUAGUUUAGUUCCAUGCCAUAAGUAUCACAAAAAGCAUCCACUUUCAAUUACAGCUAAUAUAACUGUGUAACCAACACCAUGGAGAACAUAUGAAAGGUUUUGCAGGGCAGAUAUAUAGGUACUGUUUUUAAUUGAUUGUUUAAAGCUAUGGAAGAAAAAUACCUCUGCAAGGGAAACACUACAGUAAAAAACAGGAUUAGAUUGUAAAUCAGUAACAUACGUUCUUUUGGUAUGUAAUUUGAUAAGUAAUCAACAAUUUCCACACCAAUGGCCAUACUCACAUACACAUUAGAUUUUUUUAAUAGCUAAUAAAUGUGGCAUUAAACAGAUUGUUAUUGUACCGUCUAUAAGUGUAAAACUAUUUGUAUGAGUUAUCAAUGAAUGUUACCUUCACAACAGACCUUACGUUGUUGAGAAGUAGUUCUAUUAUUUAACCUUUUACAUUAAAGGUCAAUAGCCUUGCAGCUAUAUCUUUUUGAAAUUAUAUUUUCUCUUUUGAGAGUCCAUUGAAGUCAAUAAAAUAACCUCUUGGUUUUAUUAUAAAAUCAAGACUUGACCUGCAAUUUUAUUCAUUAUGUUGAAGAGCUAUUAAAGACACACACUUGUGAAGUACAGCUUUUCUAAAUUAUGAAAGCAAUUUAGGUGUUGUUUUGUUUCCUCUGUUUAGAAUGCUUUGUAAUUGACACAAUGUAUCUAGAAUGUGUCACAAAUAUGUGAAUAAUUAUUAAAUCAUGCCUUUGCUAA